GGGCGCGCGGGGAGGCGCGGGCCGCGGCGGCGGGCUGGGGGCUCGGCGCGCCGGGGCGUCAGUCGGGCCGCGGCGACGGCGGCAGGAGCGCGUCCCGGCGCCGCCUCGGGCUCCGCUGGGCUCUAGGACUGCUCCCGGAGGAGGGGAGCGUGGCGAAGCGCAAGGCCGACGGGCCGGGCGCAUGGCUUAGGGACGCCCCCGCCCGCCGCUCCCCCAGCAUGGGGAAACUUCACUCCAAGCCGGCCGCCGUGUGCAAGCGCAGGGAAAGCCCAGAAGGUGACAGCUUCGCGGUGAGCGCUGCCUGGGCUCGGAAGGGCAUCGAGGAGUGGGUCGGAAGGCAGCGCUGUCCGGGCGGCGUCUCCGGACCCCGACAGCUGCGGUUGGCGGGCAACGUUGGUCCAGGCACCCGGGAGCUGGUGGGCGAAGCCUUCAGAGACGUGCUCAGCGAGGAGGAGGAGGAAGACUUCCGGCUGGAAGUGGCCCUGCCACCAGAGAAGUCUGACGGACUGGGCAGUGGGGAUGAGAAGAGGAUGGAGAAGGCGACUGAGUCCUGCCCAGGCUCCAAGAAGCAGCUGAAGUUUGAAGAGCUACAGUGUGACGUGUCUGUGGAGGAGGACAGCCGGCAGGAGUGGACCUUCACCCUGUACGACUUUGACAACAAUGGCAAGGUCACUCGUGAGGACAUUACCAGCUUGCUGCACACCAUCUACGAGGUGGUCGACUCCUCCGUCAACCACUCCCCGACCUCCAGCAAGACGCUGCGGGUGAAGCUUACUGUGGCCCCUGACGGCAGCCAGAGCAAGAGGAGCGUCCUUCUCAAUCAGGCUGACCUGCAGAGCACGAGGCCCCGUGCCGAGACCAAGCCCACUGAGGAGCUGCGGAGCUGGGAGAAGAAGCAGCGGGCCCCACUCAGGUUCCAGGGCGACAGCCACCUGGAGCAGUCUGGCUGCUAUCACCACUGCGUGGAUGAGAACAUUGAGAGGAGAAACCACUAUUUAGAUCUUGCCGGGAUAGAAAACUACACAUCCCAGUUUGGGCCUGGCUCCCCUUCCAUGGCCCAGAAGUCAGAACUGCCCCCCCGCACCUCCAACCCCACGCGGUCUCGCUCUCAUGAGCCAGAAGCCAUCCACGCCCCACAUCGGAAGCCCCAAGGCGCGGACCCAGGCUCCUUCCACUUCCUUGACACCCCAAUCACCAAGGUCUCAGAGCUCCAGCAACGGCUCCGAGGCACCCAGGAUGGGAGCAAGCACUUUGUGAGGUCCCCUAAGGCCCAGGGCAAGAGCAUGGGUGUGGGUCAUGUGGCCAGGGGGGCGAAAAGCAAGUCCCCUGUGGGACCCACCAUGCCCGCAGUGUCCCCAUCUGCCCACCUGGCCGCCAGCCCGGCUCUCCUGCCCCCGCUGGGCCCCCUGGGUCACAAGAAGCACAAGCACCGAAACAAGGAGAGCCAGCAGGGCUGCCGGGGCCUGCAGGCACCGCUGGCCUCGGGCGGCCCCGGCCUCGGGCGGGAGCACCUGCGGGACGUGCCCGCCGUGGUGGUGUACGAGAGCCAGGCCGGCCAGGCGGUCCAGAGACACGAGCACCACCACCACCACGAACAUCACCACCAUUACCACCACUUCUACCAGACAUAAAGCCCCUCCCAGGGCCCCUGCCCCGCCAUAUGAAGGAGCCCCUCCCCUGACGCCCCCAAGGCAUUAUUAUUCUAUUAAUUAUUGUUAUUAUGACGAUUGUUAUUAAUAAUUAUUGUUACUCCACUAAUAUUUAGCUAGCCUUCAUGUAGAAGAUAUAUGGAAACACAGAACUAAACUUUUAUUUAUAUGUUGUGGGGACUGUAUAACUUACCCAGGAACUGACUCUGGUUUGGAAGUGGCCCAGAGAUGGCAGAGGCUCCCUUAGGGCUUAGGAGCUCAUAGGAGCUCAGUGUCCCCGAGGAUUGGCCCACACCCUUUCAGAGCCGUGGGAGCCCUCAGCCCAAACUCUGCCCCCACCCCAGUCUCUUCCAGUACAACCUUACCUGGCCUGGCCUCCAGACACCCUCGAAAUCUCCGAGAAGAUAAACAGCUGCUACCUCUUAGUAUUAUUCUGGUUUUAUUUUGCCCUUAACUGAUUGUAAUGUGCUACAAGGGAUUCCAGCAGACUGCAGACACGCAACCUCCUUGCUGUUGUGUUUUUUUAUGUCCCAACCUAGAAACCUUAGCUGUCCUUUCUAGAGUUACUUUUGACACUUUUCCAGUGGAAUCGUACCCUUGCCCCAAGUCAGUCCCAUCCUUUCUGCCAUGCACAACAUAGAAAUACAAUUCCUCUUUUUUUCUUUUCUUCCUUCUCUUCUUCUUUAGAAACACACACACAUACACACACUCACUCAAGGAGUGUUUCUGAAACCAGCCUUUUCGUUUUGGAAACUGCUAGAGAGGGAACCAACCACAUAAACAAACAUGGUCUUCCAAGAUCAGGCAUGUGUGUGCUGUCAGUUGUGAUGGCAGAUGUGGAAAUCUCGUGUUUUAUUAUUGGCAAAUAUGUAUGUACCUAUGCGGUUCUCCAGCGGAGCUUUCUGUAUCUAUAGAUAGAUGCCAUCUGUCCAUUUCUAUGUAUCUUUCUAUAAAUAUACACUCUCAGGUAUCU